AUGGCUUCAGUGGACCAAGCGCUAUCUCUCCUCUCUGCAGCGAAUAAUCACGGCGAUUUGGCUGUUAAGCUCUCUUCUCUGAAGCAAGCCAAAGAUAUUUUAUGGACAAUUGAAGAAAUUGGUUUGAAAGCAAUGGAGAAUUGCACAGUACUAAUACCUGUCUUAUUGGCACUUUUAAGAGAUAACGAUUCUAUUGUUGCAAGAGAGUCUAUUGUUAGUGGCACACAUUUGUUUUGUGGUGUUCUAGAGGAAAUGACAUUGCAGUGUCACCGGCGUGGUAAGGUGGAACGAUGGCUUGAAGAACUAUGGAUACGGAUGCUUAAGUUCAAGGAUGCUGUUUUUGCAAUUGCACUGGAGCCUGGACCUGUUAGGACAAAGUUGCUGGCAUUGAAAUUUUUGGAAACAUACAUUUUACUUUUUACCACUGAGACCAAUGAUUCUGACAGACUUGUUGCAGAAGCUGUGCCUUCUGAUUUGGCUCUUUUUACCAUAGGAAACAGACGGCUAUUCAACAUUUCAUGGGUAGCUGGUGGGCAUCCUGUUUUGGAUCCAGUUGCUCUCAUGUCAGAUGCCAAUAAGACUGUUGGCAUUCUUUUGGAUUUUUGCGGUCGCCUGCAUGCUGACCAACUCUCUUAUGAGGAAUUAUUGGGCCUGGAUAUAGCUGCAUUGGUGGUUCAGACAAUGGGAGUUACAGGGCUAGACAAUCUGCUAAAUAUGUUUAUACAGAUGACUAUCUAUUGUUUGCUGAGUUCAUUUCUUGAAAUUGCAGUUCUUGUUGUACAUGAUGACCUGGUUUACAUACAUGAUGAAUGGUAUAUUGAAGCUCCAAUAAUGCUCAAAGAUAUUUAUGUUCGCUCGCUGAUCCCUUUAGAGAAGGACAUUGUAUCUGCUAAUGUUGAAGGAAUGUUGUUGUUGAAUGAUAGCUGUAAGGUUGGAGAAGAGUAUCCUGUUAGAGUGAUUAUAGUGAACUUCAUGAUUGAGGACUGGGCAAGUCUUGCAUCUGUAGCACGGAAGAGGCCUCUUCACUACGGGACUAUUCUUUCUGCCUUGCUUGAUUUUGAUCAAAAAGUUGAGACAGUGAAGGGACGUCAUGCUGCCAGUAUCCUGUACUCUUUAAGAACUGCCUUUUUGGGAUUCCUGCGGAGUACUUAUCCAACCAUCUUGGAGUCAAGGGAUAGAUUGAUAAGGGCUUUACGUGCAAUGAGUGCUGGGGAUGCUGCUGAUCAAGCUAUCCGGCAAGUUGAUAAAAUGAUGAAAAAUAAUGAGCGCACUUCUCGCGAAGAUGAUCAGUCGACAAGCCAGUCCGUUUUAGGAGAUCAGCUACGGAAAAGACCCGUGCCUAUGGAUAAUGAAGAGCAAACUAAUGGUCAUGAGAUGGCUCCAAAGCGGAUUCGUUAUGGUCCUAACACUUCAACUAUGCCACUUCAAAUAAAUGACUCUGAUAAGGAUUCUGCAUUGGUUAAUGGGGCCUCAGCUAAUGUUCAUCUAUCAGAUAGUGAUUUGACUCCUGCAGAACAAAUGAUUGCUAUGAUUGGUGCAUUGCUUGCUGAAGGAGAGAGGGGUGCUGAAUCACUUGAACUUCUUAUUUCAAAUAUUCAUCCUGAUCUGCUUGCAGAUAUUGUCAUUACUAAUAUGAAGCAUUUGCCUAAGUCUUCCCCUCCUUUAACAAGGCUUGGCAGCUUGCCAGUAACUCAGCAAAAUUGCUCUCCAAGUACUUCAGCACAGGUAGUGGCACCAUCUGCUCCAGUUUCAUCCACUCAAGGACCCUUUCCUGUGGUUUCUGCAAGCAAUUUAUCAUUGUCUGAUACAACCACUGUCAAUAAUUUCGCUGUAGAUUCAAAACGUGAUCCAAGAAGGGAUCCCCGCCGCCUGGAUCCACGUCGUACUGCUACAUCAAUUGGAGUACCAUCUGUAGCCAUUGUGGAUGACCAUGGUGGAAUGCAACCUGAAAUGGAUGGCUCGGUUUCUUUUAGUAAGCCUUCUCCUCUCCCUGUUGUGACAUCAGUUGAGAAUCCUCUGGAACCUUUUAUGUCAAACAGCAAAUGUGAGGAUAAGAGUUUAGAAGGUCCACUGGUGUCUGAAACUGAUCAAAUCAGCGUGAAAGAGGAGAUUAUCAGUAGACCUGAGGAAAUUGUCCCCAUGUCAGAGGCCAAUGCUUCUUCAGAUCAUGCAUUUUCUCCUCCUCACGCUCUUGAUGAGGGCUCUAUCGUAUUAAAGGUAUCAGAUUUUGAAGUGGCAUCCGGGGCUGACACAUUAUCUGCAAUGGAACCUGAGCAGCUUUCUCCAGAUGUCUCAAACACAUCUUUGCCUGAAGAGAUCUGUCAAGUUGAUUUACCUCAGCUUCCCCCAUAUGUUGAACUCAAUGAAGAACAACAGAAAACCGUGAGACAAUUAGCAGUUGAACGGAUUAUUGAAUCUUACAAGCGUAUCUCGGGGACCGAAUACAGCCUGACACGCAUGGCAUUACUUGCUCGAUUAGUUGCUCAGAUUGAUGCAGAUGAUGAUGUUGUUGUGAUGCUGCAAAAACAUGUCUUAAUGGAUUAUCGACAGCACAAGGGGCAUGAGCUUGUGUUGCAUAUUUUGUACCAUCUACAUUCUCUAACGAUUCUAGAUUCUGCUGAAAGCGCUUCAUAUGCUGCUGUUGUCUAUGAGAAAUUCCUCUUAGUAGUGGCCAGAUCUUUGUUGGAUGCUUUUCCAGCUUCAGACAAGUCCUUUAGUAAACUUCUCAGUGAAGUUCCUUUUUUGCCCGAGUCUGCCUUCAGAUUGUUAGACGAUCUUUGCCAUUGUGAUGUUUUUGAUUCUCACGGAAAAGAGGUUCGUGAUGGUGAGCGUGUCACUCAGGGACUAGGUGCUGUAUGGGGUUUGAUUUUGGGGCGUCCAAACGACCGGCAGGCAUUCUUAGAAAUAGCUUUGAAGUGUGCUGUUCACUCACAAGAUGACAUUCGAGCGAAAGCUAUCCGACUGGUAGCAAACAAACUGUAUCAGCUAAACUACAUAUCACAAAAUAUUGAGCAAUUUGCAACAAAUAUGCUGCUCUCUGCUGUGGAACAGCCUGCUUCAGAUAUCGAGCCUUCACAGUCAGGGUCCACUGACCAAAGGGAAGGGGAGGUGGGAAGCCAGGAAGUAUCAGUUAGUGGUUCUCAAAUCUCAGAGACUGGAAAUUGUGAAAAUGACUCCAUGAAGGGUUCACAAUCAUUAGUCCAAAGUGUUUUGACCAUGCCACUUCCUGAAGCGCAAAGACACAUUUCCUUAUUUUUUGCUUUAUGUACGAAGGCUGUUCAUCGCCAUAUUCCUAUUCUAAUAAGGGCCUUAGGCUCAUCUUAUUCUGAACUGCUCCGAAUAAUAUCUGAUCCUCCAGAAGGAUAUUUUCUGUUCAUGACUUAUGCCGAUUUUGGUUUUGUUUCUGGCAAGGUGCUGCAAAUAUUGACUCAAGAAUCAACUCCUUCUGUGAAUCUGAUUUCAACAGUCAAACAUUUAUAUGAAACUAAGUUAAAGGAUGCCACGAUACUUAUUCCGAUUUUAUCUUCACUUUCAAAGAAUGAGGUUUUGCCUAUUUUCCCUCGGCUUGUUGGACUCCCAAUAGAGAAAUUCCAGAUGGCGCUUGCUCAUAUUUUACAGGGUUCAGCUCAUACAGGUCCAGCGUUAACACCAGCAGAAGUGUUGGUUGCCAUCCAUGAUAUUAGUCCUGAGAAGGAUGGGCUUCCACUCAAAAAGAUAACAGAUGCCUGUUCAGCUUGUUUUGAGCAACGAACAGUUUUCACGCAGCAGGUCCUGGCAAAGGCCCUUAAUCAGAUGGUUGAUCAAACCUCUCUUCCUCUACUCUUCAUGAGAACAGUUAUUCAGGCCAUAGAUGCUUUUCCUUCACUGGUUGAUUUUGUUAUGGAAAUACUCUCCAAACUCGUUAGCAGACAGGUGUGGAAAAUGCCGAAGUUGUGGGUGGGGUUCUUGAAAUGUGUUUCUCAAACACGGCCACAUUCUUUUCGUGUACUGUUGCAGUUACCUCCUCCACAACUUGAUAGUGCUCUGAACAAGCAUGCUAACCUCAGAGGUCCCUUGGCUACUUAUGCCAGCCAACCAAGUACAAAAACUUCUCUACCUAGAUCAACACUAGCAGUUCUUGGUCUUGUAAAUGAACCACACAUGCAGCAGCCCUGUAUUUCAUCUUUGCACUCGUCAGGCAUGGAUUCUUCAGCUCACGGAGCAAAUCCUGCAUGA